ACCCAGAUAUGUGAGGCUUAAACAGCCGUUGAAGCUUUAUCACUACAGCUCUUUAAUGCGCCAGCCAUCACUCUCCCCUUCAAACCACGGCGAGCUAUGAACGAUGAUCCCGAGCCGAGCUUCGCGGCCCGGCAGCAGCAGCAGCGCAUCCCGCCACACGGUCCAGACGACGAGCAAUCUACGGAGCUGAACACCAGCGCUCAAGAUGAUGAUGAGCAGACGUCACGGCAGGAGAAGCGCAAAGCGGGCCUUAAGAAGAAGCUUCAGUUCAUGAGCCACCUGCAGAGGAAUCUCGACAUGAUCUUCUUCGCCUAUCUCUGCACAUUAUACUAUAUGGAAUGUUCCUUCCUCCGCCUAUUCGUACGCAUCAUCCCACACUUCAUGUUCAUCACCCCGAAAGAGGGCCCCGUCCUUUUACCGGCCGAACGUCCACACGUCUUUGCCAUCCUCGGUCCGAACUUGGUAUGCAUCCUCGCACACAUCAUCUCUGCGCUACCAACCGCCGGCGAAGCGACGCGCGGGUAUCUACACGGGGGCGUGAUCGUCGACUUUGUCGGGCAGAAGCCACCAACGACGAGGCUAUGUCCUUUAUUUUUCGAUGCGGUGAUACUGGCCGUCCAAUGUUUGAUGUUGGCUAUCCAUACGGAGCGGGAGAAGCUGCGCAAGGUUGUGAACCCCUCAUUACAACCUCUCUGGGCUGGUCCUGGCCAAGUUGGACAGCAGACGGGGGCGUCAGGCAGCGACGGUGUGCGCCAGCCCGAGACGACCCAGACUCUGGAUGCGGAAGAACGGGGCGUGAACAGGGAAGAUGAGAUCGCAUUAGGCGAUGGAGACGGGACCGAAACAUCGCCCCUAGUGGCAGAAGGCCGUGGGGGUCAGGAGCAGGAUGAUGAACCGCGGCUGGGGUCCAACUACUCUCCGGCAUCUGCCGGCAUAGACUUGUUUGAUGUUAUGAGGUCAGGCAAUGCCAGUGUGGGUAGCUUUCAUCCAGUACACGCCAUACGUACGGUGGGGAAUGAUUAUCAGACGGCUGCGGCGUACACGGUCCAAAGCCUUGGGUUUCAUGCGGCCGCCGUUGCUGGCAACCGGGGAGUUAGAGGAAUUGCUGGGAUUGCGAAUAGGGCGGCCAGACGGGGGACUUGAUGGAAAAGCAUUUGUACACACUAAUACUUAGUGCCGAAACCAACCAAAGCGAAUUAAUGGCA